GUGGUCUGAGAAACAAACUCACUCCAACCAUCCCUGUCCAGCGGUUGUCUAUAUUUAUCUCCUGUACUUCUUGUUAGUGUACACCAAGACUUAAAUAACUUUGAGGCAGUUUAGAGAUCAAAAGAGGACACGAUGGAAGAAGCACCUAUAGAUGGACGUCCAACUGUUGCCACCAAACCCCCACCCCGACUCCUUCGAGACAACGUCGACCCCAGCAUCAGAAAGUACAAGCAACUCAAGGUAUCUGGACCCGAUCUCGCCGAUCCUCCAGAUAUCCUAUUCGAGCUGAAGAAGUUGAAGUUCUUGGACCUCAGUCCUGAGAGAGAAACCUGCCUUCAUUUUAAGCUGAUGAAAGUACCGAGAAGAAUAGCCAGUCUUGAGAACUUGACAUUCCUGUGUCUGGGCACAAACGAGCUGACGGAGAUACCAGUGGAGCUAUGCGGCCUGGUCAAGCUGGAGAGACUCAUCCUGAGCAACAAUCUCCUGAUCACCCUACCGAAGGAGUUCCGUCAGCUACAGCGGCUUCAGAGUCUUCAUCUGGCCAAUAACUACUUCGAGGAGAUACCCCGUACUGUCUUCUUCUUGAAGAACCUAGAGUUCCUGGACGCCUCAGACAACAAGAUCUCCCGCAUACCCAGAGACGUGGGCAAUCUGGUGAAGCUGCACACUCUCCUACUCUACUUCAACCUCCUGAGUACCCUACCUGAGGAACUCGGCAACUGCCUGAACCUCCACACCGUGUGGCUGGGGAUGAACAGCCUCCUCUCACUACCAAGAUGCUUCGGGGGAUUGAAGCAUCUUGACUGGGCCGAUCAACCACUCUCCUCCAAUUUGGACGGCAACCCUCUUGAGACGCCCCCGAUCGAGGUCUGCCUUCAAGGACCUGAUGCUAUUGCCGACUUCUUCGAGACCAACCCUCGGGCGGUGGCAUACACCACCGGGUUCACUGCCGAAGAAGACAAAAAGGACUGCGAGCGGGCCCACUCCGAUGACGAAGCCCCUACCGCGUUCACUGCGAUGAGCCCCGCUGACCUGAACUCCUCGGGGAGCUGGAGCGUGGAAUCGUCUCAGAGUUUCCCCGGUGCUGGGAGACGGGCAGCAGAUCGUGGUUUCGGUGGACCAAUUGCAGUUAUUCAUCACCGUAAAGGAAAAAGAAAGUAAACAUCAUUUUUGAAAGCGCGGUACCAGGCUCUUCUAUCCGUCCUGUGCCACACAAAAAAGAGGCGGGAGAGUUUGAAGAUCAUCUUGAUUUAUUAGCGGAGAAGGAUUGGUGAAGCUGACAAAAUAGUCGCAGACAGUUUAUUACUUGUGUAUUUAAUGCAUGUGGUUAUUAACAUAAAUUAAAGGCACUGAACAUGUUUGGUAAUUCAAAGACCAGUCAUCUUAUUUGGUGUAUCCAAACGUAUAAGCAUAAAUUAACAAGCUUGUGAAAUCUUGGGCUCGUUUGGUCAUCGAAGUUGCGAGAAAAUGAUGACAGAAAAACAGCCUUGUUGGACGAAUUAU